GAUAACGCGUCGCGUGCACCACUGCAGUCGGCACGCGAGCGCCGCCCCUGCUGCGUACGCGCGUUUGUCAAUGAACCAUUCGUGUUUACAGUGAUCUAUCAAACGGACUUGGAUGUCACACAUGUUGCCCGAAGGAGAAGUGAUGCGGCGCGUGGCGUGCGCGGACGUGUGUCCCGCACCGACGCUCUGCGCAAGCUCCGAAAACAAGGAGUUACUCCGCCAACAGCUACUGUCAGCCAGCAAGGAGCGAUCCGCCGAAAAGUCUGAACAACCUAAACCAAAACACAGGAAUAGACAGAAGAACCGAUGGAAGCUCAAGUUCCAUCAUCAGGCGUUGCCCCAAGAAUACCUUGACCACUACGAGCAGAGCUUGCAGAAAGCCAACGCGAAACAGAAACAGAAGGAGAAACCGAAGCCCGAACCGGCUCUCGACGUCAACAAUAUCACCAACGAAGCCUUUAAGGUUUGGGCGCAGCGCCUCGCCUCAAUACAGAACAACACUGUCCUCGCACUCUCCGACGCACUGCCGACCAGCAUGAUGCCACUCAGGCAAGAUCGGACGGAAGAUAAGAGGAAAAAGAAUCCCGCCAUCGCGCCCAGCAAGAUCGUCACCUACGACGACCUGCCAUACAUGGGGGAGAUGACACUCAACAACUCCAAGCCGCGCCGGGGAAGAAAGCCGAAGAAGGCUGACAUCUGUCAUCUUAUUUACGAAAAUUACGGAACUGUAGUCCCCGGACAGCCCUCGCCACGUGAAGGGCUCAACUUAGUACCGUCGCCCUUCAGAGAACCGAUCAACCCCAAGACUGACUUACAGAACAAGAUUAUAUCUAAUUUAAUGGAACGAAAGCUCUCGCAAGAAAACAAGAGAAGAAUGGAGAAUGCCUCUCCCUCGCAGUACUCCACUCCGGCACUCAUCGGACACGACGAGCCACUUAACCUCUGCAUCAGAGAUCUACGCGACCUUAAAAUUCAGAUUCAGAAGAAAUUUGGCAAUAUUUACACUUCGCUGCUUGACGUGAAGUCCGACGACGCCGAUAACUCAGAUCCGGAGUCUUGCAAAAGCGAACAGCCUAACGCCAUCUCUGUCAUACAAAGGAACACCAGCAUCUGUCCUCCCGCUCCCUCCCCUCUACAGGAUGCGGAUACAAAACUCGUCCUCAAGCAGAUAACUGAUUUAUUAGAUCCGAAACUUAUCGACAGACUCGAAGAUGCUAAAAAGAGUCCAGAGGCAAAGAUGAAAAGGGCUUCUCCGAACCCAAUCCAAGGUCCAGUGAAGAGGAAGAGAUCCGCAAUCUUUAUUCCUCCCGUUCCAACCAAAAGCAAUUCCACCACCCCCACUACUGAAGUGAGUAUAUGCAAGUUCAAGUUCACGGGCGGAUCUAAGCCUUCGCUACAAGAGAAAAAGAUGCUCUCAGUGGAUUCGGGGGGAAAUUUUCGGUACUACAGUGGCGGGAACAAGGGGAACAAAGGAUAUGAGUAUUUACAAAACAAUCAAGCCAGGAGCCAACAGACCGGAGAACUUUCCGUAGAUACAAAACCGAAAGAGGGCUUCAAAGAAGAAGAGAGUAAAAAAAAGAGAAAGAGCAGAAAGAGUCUACAGAGAGAAAAAUUGGAGNUGCUCUCAGUGGAUUCGGGGGGAAAUUUUCGGUACUACAGUGGCGGGAACAAGGGGAACAAAGGAUAUGAGUAUUUACAAAACAAUCAAGCCAGGAGCCAACAGACCGGAGAACUUUCCGUAGAUACAAAACCGAAAGAGGGCUUCAAAGAAGAAGAGAGUAAAAAAAAGAGAAAGAGCAGAAAGAGUCUACAGAGAGAGAAAUUGGAGCAGACAUUCAAGGAGAAAGGAUUCCUCAUACAAACGCAGCAGCUGCAGUCGGCUGAAGGAGCUACCUACUGUAAAUUUCGACAAUUACGGAAAUUCACAAGGUACUUAUUCCGGAGUUGGAAGGAUUACUUACCCGGGGAAUUGGAAGAAAAGCCAACCGAGAAUAACGAGGUCAGGGACACCGCCGGGGACUGGAGUUAAGUUUCGCAGAGAAUAAUAAUGGACUUGACGCCAAAGACGCUUGUGUUCAGUGCCGAGAGAACCAAAGCUGUGGUUUAGUUUUUAAAAUACUUCGGCCAAAAUUUUAUAUUAAAUUUUCGUACAGUACUCUUCUUGGUCGACUAAUGCAUUUAUAACUUACACUUGUGUCGCUUGCAGGAAGUGUGUGUCCGUUGUUCCGUCCUUUACAUUACAAGGUAUUUGUGUGAACGUUUUAACUUGUAAAUAGUCUCUGAUAUGUGAAUAUUUAUGUUACUUUAAGAUUAUUAACAUAGACAAUUUUGGCUUUUUCAAUCACAUGAUUUUAUCAAAAAGUGCUCAAUUAAAAAAUAGUUUAAGAUUAUUAUCAAAAUCAUUCAUUUAUCAAAAUUAGCUUAUUUGUAAUUGGGGUUAUUAACAUCAAGAUUCUAAACUUUAUCAACCUGCGAUGGGAUCCAUAAAAUUAAUUUCUCAGAAGCACUGUAUUUUAUCUAAACAGCCAAAUUUAGGUUAUAACGUUCUUUGAGUAUAAUCUGUGCUGACUCAUAAUAACUUUAGAAUAAAGUUACGGUUGAAAUAUUUAUCUUUUAUUAAUACGAAGUUUAUGAACAUAUAAAUAAAUGAUCGUAAAACGUAACAAACUAACAGACUAGUCACCUGUAAUAAUAUUUAAGGUUGUGUUUUUAAUCAUAAAUGUAUUUCUUGCGUUUACAAUCGAACUGUUAUUGCACAAUGGAAUUGUUCAUUUAUUUGCUGUGCAUUAGAUAACAGACAGAUGUAUGAAACAUUAAAACAGCGAACUAUGUUGUUGUAAUUAAAGCAGAACGAUUUAUAUAAAAAUUGAAGUUUGCAUAAAGUUCAUUUUAACAACUUCUGCUGCAGAUGUGAAGGCAGGUGUCAAACUGUUUCUUGUAAUGUUUUAAUCAAUAGUUUGGGUUGAGGUACUCUUAAGACAAUGUAUUAUAUCCUAUUGUCAUUAUUAUUAGCUAGUAGAUAUUGUGUUGUAUAAUGUCAAACCUAUAAUUCAAUUCAUUGUCCAACCGUUACCAAUUACUGAAUUACAUGAAAGACAUUUGACAUCAUUAGGGUUAGAAGUCACCCUCUUUUUCAGACCACGACUUUCACCAAAUUCCUAUCUAUAAAUUAAAUAGUUUUCAAUGUUCUUGUUAAAAGCGUUU